AUGUCACAACAUAGCCAGAAACACAAGGUAGCUGUGAUCGGCUCAGGAAACUGGGGAUCAACGGUCGGAAAAAUUCUCGCGGAAAAUGUGAAAGAAAAUAACCAUCUUUUCGAAACCAUUGUGCCGAUGUGGGUUUUCGAAGAAGACGUUGAUGUCGGCGAUGACCCCGGGCUCCGGGGCAAGCUCGGUGGUAACCCCGUCAAACUGUCGCAUGCCAUAAAUACUGUGCAUCAAAACAUCAAAUACCUCCCGGGAGUGAAGCUUCCGGACAAUCUGAUCGCCAACCCCGAUCUACAGGAUACAGUGAAAGAUGCCAGCAUCCUCGUCUUCAACCUUCCUCACCAAUUUUUGUCCAGAACGCUGGACCAGAUUAAAGGCCACUAUAAACCUUAUGCUCGUGGUAUCUCGUGUAUCAAGGGUGUGGACGUGGCCGACGGAACCGUCACUUUAUACUCAGAAAUGGUUAUGGAGAAGCUACAAAUUUACUGUGGCGCGCUAUCCGGCGCAAAUAUUGCGCCCGAAGUCGCAGCGGAAAAUUUUUGCGAAACCACUAUUGGAUACGACAGCCCUCCAAUGGACUACAAGGACCGGGAUGGCUCACCGCGAGAUAAUCUGGUCAAAGUGGAUGAACAACGCCAAAGCGAUAGCAAGCCCACUCACAUAAAGCUAUCUCCUAUUCCCAAAGAAUACCCUCCCGUGGACUCUUCUCUGCUGGAGACACUGUUUCAACGCCCGUAUUUCCAAGUUCAUGUCGUCAAGGAUGCUGCCGGAGUCGCGCUUGGCGGCGCACUCAAGAAUAUAAUAGCCCUAGCAGCGGGCUUCGUCGCUGGUAAAGGAUGGGGAGAGAAUACUAAAGCUGCCAUCAUUCGUAUUGGUGUCCUCGAGAUGGUGGAAUUCGGCCGUACAUGGUUCCCUAAAUCUGUGGACGAGAGAACCUUUACGGAGGAAAGCGCUGGAAUGGCUGAUUUGAUUGCAUCCUGUAAUGCGGGCCGCAACUACCGGUCGGCACUUCGCUCGGUGGAGAAAGGCGUUCCUAUUGAAAAGAUCGAGCAAACAGAAUUAGGUGGACAGAAACUGCAAGGGAUAUCUACUGCUCAAGCAGUUCACGAAUUCUUAAGCAAGGAAGGAGGGCUCGAUAAGUUCCCGCUUUUUGCAUCCGUUUACGGUGAGUAA